CCCCCUUCUCUCUCGCUCUCUCCUCCCCUCCCUCCCUCCCUCCCUCGCCAUGGCGUCCCUCACUCCGGGGGUCCUCGUGAAGCUCCUCCAGUCCAUGGAUACCGACGCCAAGGUCGUCGGCGAGCACCGAUCCGCCGUCCUCCAGGUCAUCGCCAUCGUGCCCGCCCUCUCCGCCUCCACCGCCCACGACCUCUGGCCCUCCCACGGCUUCUACCUCCAGCUCUCCGACUCCGCCUAUUCCACCUACGUCUCCCUCUCCGACGCCGACGCCGACGCCAUCCUCUCCAAUCGCCCCCAGCUUGGCCAGCUCGUCCACGUCGACCGCCUACACUUCGCCCACCCCGUCCCCCGCGCAUCCGGCGUCCGCCCCCUCCCCGGGCGCCCCCAACCCUUUCUCGGCUCUCCCGAGCCCCUUGUCGCCCGCUCCGAUCCCUCCCGCCGGGGCUUCGUCAUCCAGCCCGCCUCGCCUGCCGACGCCGGCCCUCCUCUUAUCCCUUCCUCCUCCCUCAGAUCCAACCCUUUUCCGCAGGAUAACCCGUUCGGUGAAGAAGAAACGGUUUCUGCUACCAAGGAGAACACGGGCGGCGAAAAAAGAACGGUUUUUGCUCCCAAAGAGAACGUCGUCGGUGCCGCUACCAAGACCUUCGGAGAAUCCGCCGCCAAACGACGCUUCUCAUCGCCGGCCGGAGCUAAAUUAGCGGCAAGGAAGAGCAGUGGCGGUGGUGGGACAGGGGAGCAGAGGGAUCCCUCCCCUGCUGUGGGACAGGGGAAGGCGGGUUCGAGGUCAUCCUCCCCUGCUUUGGGCGGAGCAGCGAGAGGGGGCUCAAGGUCCUCGUCGCCGGUCCCGUCCAAGUGUAUCGUGCCGAGCCUGGUGGCAGCGAAGGAGGAGAACCGGAGAGUGGCGAGGGAACCAUCCAUUAUAGUGCCAUCGAGGUACCGGCAGCCCUCGCCAGUGGCAAGGAAGGCGGCAGGGUCACCCAUGGGGAGGAGGAGCUCGAUGUCUCCCGGGAGGAGGCUCUCAAGCGGGCUGAAGGCAUCGCCAGCGGUUGGAGAGGGUGGUGGGGGUAAGAAAAAGGUGGGGAUAAUGGUUGCAGGGAUUUCAAAGGUUUCAGAUGCGCUGAUGGGGUCCGUUAAAUCAGUUAGGAAGAGCUGGGAUGAUUCGGCGGUGAAUACUCUGGUGUCAUCGGAGCUAAAGGAGAAGGGAGGGUCGAAGAGUAAAGUAGACAAGGGAGCUAUUUUGAGAACCCAGGCUGCUAUAUCGCGGAGAAUCAGUGAUGCUAGUGGGGCACAAUCCAAUGAUGAGGAAUCAUCUCCAAAUGAAAAGCCUAAACUGACUAAAAAGAUUGAAUUAACAUCUGAAUCAGAGAAGUCAAGCUGUGCCAUCCCGAAAAUUACAGUUCAUGACCGCAAGUGGACUGAUGGCAGCAUCCCUUUGGAUAAUGUCUCUGAUAACCUUGCAAAGCUUGGGAAGGAGGCUCUUCAAAGGAGGAAUAUUGCAUCCAUAGCUGCAGCUGAGGCUCUGGAAGAGGGCUUGGCUAUUGAGUCAAUUAUCAGGAGUCUAAGUAUGUUUUCUGAUCUUUGUUCUUCAUCAAAGGCUGGCAACCCUCGACCAACAAUUGCUCGGUUCCUAUCCAUAUACGAUGAUGUCCUGAAGUGGAAUUCUAUUGCUGAAACUCUUGCUGCUAGUCGCAAAAACAAUGGACCUAGUGACGUCGCAUCCAUUCAGCAAAGCAAAUCAGCCUUUAUCUGGGUUGAAGCAGCAUUAGCCACAGAUCUUGAAGUUCUCCAUUUACUAAACAACCACACUGAAUGCCUAUCAAAACAAAAGGGUGCUGAAAAACCUGUAGUUCCCUCUAUGGAUCCUCCAAGAAUAAGCAUGUCUAAGAAGAAUUCUCUUGGAAACCCUGCCAGGAGCCACUCAAAGGUUCUGAGCAAUGUCACAACCACCAUGUGGACUAGAGGGUAUGGCUUGGAUGAAACAGUUGACCUCGCUAAAGAUCUCCGACAAGAGAUGCAGGUUUGGUUUUUGAAGUUUGUGGAAGAAGCUUUGGAUGUUGGCUUCCGUUUAUUUGGGCAGUGUUCAGAUGAUGGCAAAAAAAAUGCUUGCAAAGACGGUGGUAAAAUUGCAGAAGUUCUAUCACAGUUGAAGCAGAUCAAUGAUUGGUUGGAUGGAGUGGGGAGGAUACCUGAAGAGACGUUGAAGGAGAAAAUUGAGCGCUUGAAACGCAAAAUAUAUGGUUUCGUUAUUAGUCAUGUGGGGUCUGCGUUUGAUAGCUCGGUUUCUCUUUCAAAGGCUUGAUGACUCUUUAUAUUUGCACCAAGCGGUACAUAACCUCUUGUUAUGAUUAAACAUUGAUGUAAGAUCUUCUUAGAGAUAUGAGACUCUGUUCGGUUGCAUUUGUGCUCAUUUAUUCUGAUUAGUUGAUGAAUUAUUGUUAUUUGUUUUGGAAUAAAUAGAAAACUUGUUAGUGCA